CGAGUUUGAGCCCUCAUGGAAGAUAUGCCUUUAAGCCAUUCAGGUCCUCAAGGGACACACAGAUCAUUGAAGCAAUGGUGCCUCUACUCAGUGAUAGCCUUGCUGUUGCUUUUCUCCUUCAGUACACUAAUUCUCACUUUUCUUCCCUCAAGAUCCAAAGGCCUACCUGACACCCGCGUCUACCUGGGUAUGUCAGAAGUAUCAGUCAUAAACUUGCUAUGUCCAAAAACUGCCAGUGAACCCUGCAUAGCUAAGUUCGGACCAUCCCCUUUAAAAUGGCAAAUGACAUGUCCUAAGCUACCUUGUGUGAAUAAGACAGCGGAUGAGAAACUGGAAAUACUUCAGAAUGGCUUGUAUCUCAUUUAUGGCCAAGUGGCUCCCAAUACAACCUACAAGGAACCAGCUCCUUUUGCGGUGCGGCUACGUAAAAACGAAGACAUCAUACAAGCUCUAACAAACAACUCUAAACUUCAGAAUGUAGGAGGGACUUACGAAUUGCACGCUGGGGAUAUUCUAGAACUGAUGUACAACUCUGACCAUCAGGUUCUAAAAAACCACACAUACUGGGGGGUCGUGCUGCUGGCAAAUCCGCAGUACAACCCCUAGAGACUCCUUUUGGCUUCCGCACCAUCUUUCCCACGUGGAGAGGUGCUGGUGAUUGCGUUGGAGGAGGCAGACUUUCCACACCCGCAGCUUGUCUGAGCACACAAAUCAACACACAUAGAACCUCUCUGCAUAUGAGUUUUCAUCUCUCAAGCUUAUCCAAAAAAGACUCAGAGGACAGGCCAGAGACAUUUGCUUACUUUUGACAUUGGGUCAGCGAAGAUGCUUUAUCAAUCCAUGAGAAAUGACUAUGGGUCGCUUGAAGACAGAAGGUUCUCAAAGAGUCUGUGUCUAAUUCUUAAAUCCUUGGAUGGGAAAAAUGUCUUAUUGCCCUGGGAGCCUUACCUGGUAUGCAAAAAAAAGGUCCAGGGCAGUGGCCUGGCCUUGUUCUCAUAUUCUUGGGCUGUUUCACUUUAUUCUUCCCAUACUCCUGUCUUUCGAGGCCUUUCCAUUAAAAAGUAACCAGACUGGGAGGGUGGCCACAGAUAUGCCAACAACACCCCACUUUAGAUGUGAUGAUGUUAAGAACACAGAGAAUACUCUAGAGAUUUACUGGGGCACAGCCACAGAGGGCAUAGAAUGGAGUGCACUUUACUUGGGAAUUUCCCUUGAUUUCAUCAUGUUUGGGAUGUAGAAGGCUUCAUAAAACAAGUUGGUCAGAGGCCUCCUUCUGAACCUUGACACAGGGCUCAUGAGAAGCUGUUGAUGUGUGUCUACAUGUCAGUAGUAAAGAAAGAGUAGUCAUUAGUAAUCCUAAAAUUAAACCCUAGAAAUUGGUAUCAUCA